AUGACUGAACAUAAAUUAAUUGAUUGUAUUGAAGUAUGUCAAGAGAUUUUAAUAUAUCAGAACAACGAUGAUCCGGAUGUUGGCGCGUCGAAUUAUCGGGUUAUGUGGGAAUGCAUCAUGAAUUGCCAUCGAGAGGCUACAUGUGGUGGAAAUGAACUAGGAAGUAAAGAAGCUUGCAUCAGUCAUUGUGAUGGGAGUUUGUAUUCGAUUUACCAGUUGCUGCGGAAGGACUUAUUGAGGAUUGCAAAAUUGCAUGUACUUUUCUCUUCCGACGUAAUGUUACGACGGCUAGGAAUCCUGGGAGAAGGAGAGGUCAUCGUGGAUAAUCUUCCAAUCCGAGAUUCUGCAGAAAUCAAAAUAAGAAUAUGA